UAUUGGAACUUCAAAAUGUGAUACGGGCCGUUAUUGACGCUCUUGUCGGGUCUCCGGGCCGCAUCUCUAAUUGGCUCCUUCCACUCAUGAUCUUAGUAUUGUUCCUUGUAUUCUAUACUUAAACUCACUAGGCUUAGCGAGAAGAUCGCUGACAAUACAUCGGAAUCGACUCUAGAUUUGCAAACCACAAGUUCGCCCACGUGCUGACCGCAAGGCAAUAGAAGCCUUGCAACUCUUCUUAGUGAAUGCAACUAUAGACUUUUCUUCUGUAAUGAGAUCGACCUACAUGUGUCCGACGGCCUGCGACCGUGCUUCUGGAUUUCCUGCAAAGCGGGAUUUAAGGAUGCGCGCUCGAUGGGUGGUCUCAUUUCUUCGUAUUACAAUUUUAUAUAUGACCUUGCUUCACCGAAGCGCGUCUUCAAGCUUCAUCCCAUACCCACGGUCAUGACUAGGCUACUGUUCGUUUUUUUGGUAUUCUUCGCCUCUGUCUUUUGUCGUGCUUCACCGGCACCUCCGGAGACAAAUGGGAAGCGUAUGGCUCAGGGUCUUCCUCCUCUCCCUCCAAAAACUCUGUUUCGCGGUACACGAACCGUUACCGAUGUACAAAGACGAACGUCCCCGUCAGCCCUCCCUUUCGUCACUUAUACCGGCCGUCUUCAGGUUCGCCGUGAAGAUGGAAGGUCUAUUGGAACCGUUGAUUCUUCGAUGUCAGAUAUCAACUCGGUUCGCUCUGAAAAUGAUCUGCUGAAUCCAGGAUUCCCUGACCCUCUCUUUUUUGGAAUCGAAGGGUCGCAUUUAGCCCAUGAUAUUCGAAGCAUAGCGAAAUUCAAAAAUGUGAACCAGACACACCCUAAUUGGGUCCCACCGUCUGACCCUCAAAUUUCUGCACAAUCUGCGAUAUGGUCCAUAGAUCCCACGACGAGGAAGUUGAAUGUACACUGGAUUAAUUCAGACGGGUCAAAACCGGACAUAAUGUUGGCUUGGGAUUCUCGGGAUUCUCAAUCUAGGGGACUCCUCAUUGUGGGUGAUUUAGAGCUAACCAACCAAUUGCCGGAUAUCCCAGCUUCGUUUGUUAACCUUUACUUGGUGGAUUAAAAUGUGGGUAUAAAUGUAACCAAGGCCCGAGCGCAGCCCGGCGGCAGCCGUGGUUAUAGUAGUUACACUUCUAUAUUUCGCCUACUAGAUACUUAUUUGCAGCAAUGUUUAAGCUUCUGUGGCGACAUUCCAACAUUUAGA